ACACUUUAGCGCGGCUGUAGUAAAUCAGCCGGUAAUUGUAUCGGGAUCUAUGUACUGUACUACGGCAGUAGUACUACUACUUCCUCUACUACGCAGUAUUUGCAUUUACUGCGCCGUCUCUGUCCUCGGUGUGAGGGUGGUCACAGUUUGUCCGCGAAGCAGAGCCCCCGCGGCCAGAUUGUCUCUUCACACACACCCCCCACACCCGUCUCCACCCUCCCAUGCCGCCCAAGAGAGACGCGGGGGAGACUGCAACACCAACGCCGCUCAAGAUGCUGAAAAUCGCCACCGACGCCCAGGAGUUUGGCUGCGAUGCCGUGGAGGAGAAGUACAGGCUGGCGGAGGAGUGCAGCUACUCCCCUUUCCCCGGCAACCAGCAUGAAAACAUUGACUUUGACGAAGAAAACAUCGCAAGCCCAGACAUCAGAACGGACACCAUCAGUCUGCUCAUGAAAAUCGAGCAGCUGCAGGCGCAACUCAAAUAUGAGCGCAGGUGCAGAAUUCUGGCCGAGAGAGAACUGAGGGAGUUGAAAGAGAUGAACACGCUGAUGAUGCAGAUGAGGCACACCGCACACGAGCUGCGGGUCACUCUGGAUCACGUGAUCCAAGGAGGCGAGGCGGCGGCGGCGGCGCAGACCUCUCAAGACGAGAACGUCUCUUUCCUGGCCGAGUCUGGGGCGGAGAUGACGGAGGAACUCGAUAUCCCACAAGACGAUCAAAACUUUUUGUACCUCUCGGAGCAUCUUCGAGUACCGAAAAAUCUUUACAUGCGCAUCGCAGAGUUUGCAGACUACAAGAAGUACACGUCAGCCCUGCUGAUGAUACUUUUCGACAGAGAGACGCUGGCCACGCACUCUCUGCAGGGCCGAAGGAACACCUUCACCGGGGAGGAUUGCCACAAGCCUCAGCUCCCUCCUGAGAUCCUGAGAAGUUUAAUCGCACAUGUGGGAGUCAAGUUUGGCGUCGAAAGCAGCCAAAUAAAAAUUGCAAUCCGGACGAAGUUGAAUAACGAGGACAAGCUGUUGAAGAAGCGACUGGGGAUGGGCAAAUCGGACAGCAAAGCCAUCGAGCAGAGCUUUUGCCAAGCGGCUUCACUCCUGCCUGAAAACGGAGCCAUGGAAAGUGAUUCUCAGUUGUAAUCGUUUGAGUCCGCCAUCACGAUCUGGUCACAUGAAUUGUAUCUGAUAGAAAUGUUUGACAGGUUGCCUUUUUUUACUAGAACUGUGGUUUAGUCAGUAUUGAAAUUUAGUGCUUGAAGGUAGCGGGUUUUUUUUUUUUUUUUUUUUCCAACACUUUUAGAAUUCCUUUUUUCACGGUUGUUUGUGCGUACUGACCCAACCAAUACCUCGGACGGCGCUAUCGAACGUUGCGUGUAAUCGUCAGUGCUGAAACUACGAAGUGUUCUUAUUUAAUUUAAGGAAGGCGAGCGGCCGCGUCUAAAUCUUCUGUGAGGUCAGCCUUCGCCGAGCAUGUAUUACGGUUUUAACUUUACUUUUCAAUCGGUUGGACUCUGUUUUAAAAUGUAGGGUAUUUGAAAAUGUUUUAAAUAGUAAGGUUGCUAUUUGUACCCUGUUCAUAAGAAACUGUACACAAAGUGAUAAUGUGCUUCUAGAAUAGUUUUUUACUGCUUCUAGAGCAGUUGCAAUAUAUAUAAAAUAUAUAUAUAUGUGAUAUUUAAUCUCAUCUCUUUUCCUCGUGCUUAACUCCGUAAGGGGCAAUAAACCUUUUUGAACCCA